AUGAAAUGCAAGUGCUCAUCGAGCCCAAGAACUUUGCAUUCUCACCCGGAUUCGACACAAUUUGAAAAAACACGAAGUUUUACCGUAAUUGCUGCUGCUAUUCUUUUCUGCGUACAAUCACGACGCACAUUGAGACUUUCUUCAUCAUCGACACGUCACAGUUGUGAGCAGUUUCAGAGGUCAAGCGAACAUGAUAGAGACGACAACCGACGGUUGGUUUGA